UCUUAUUCCAUAUCACACGGCAUUCUCUCCUACUUAGAUAAUCGUUUACUCGAGCGGAAGACUUCUUUACAAUGUCUCCAUCCUCAGACCCCGCGACACCCCAAAAUAGUAACGUCGUACUUAUUCCCAAAAAAUACGCCCACCAGAAAGACCUAGAAGCCAUAAUCACACGAUAUCGAACACUUCGUUUAAGAGGCCUGAAAGAGAAUCCAGAUGCCUUCUCUUCUAAGUACGAGGACGAAGUUGAGUUCCCAUACGAGAAAUGGCUAGCUCGAGUUACCAACCCGCAAGCGCGUUCCUUUAUCGCUUAUGACGAUCAAACAGACAACAGCUUGGACCCUUUAGCACUUCUUUUGAGUCGAGAAUGGCUGGGUACUGUCACAAUAGUAGGGCCUAGAUUGCUACCUGAAGAUAACAAAACUCUGUCAAAAGCACCAUGGGAUGUGUUUUUUCUGACAGACGAGCGAAUUCCGUCGGAGGAGACUCAUCAUACGACUUUAGUGUAUAUGCUUGGUGGCAUGUUUGUUCUUGAGGCGGGGAGACGGAAGGGGAACGGUCGUCGGCUGAUUGAACGGGCUGUCAGUGAAGUACGGACGGAAGCUACUGAGGCGGGGGCAAGUCGUGUUUUAGUGGUGUCUAUCGUGGAAAGAAAUAAUGACGCUGCACGACGGUUGUAUGAGACUUGUUCGUUUGACGUGUGGGAUGAUGAGCUUGUGUUGCAGAUCCCACAGCACCAGGAGUGUGUUGGCAUGGUUUUGGAUCUUAGGCUAGAGGGAGGAUUGUCUGAUGCUUUAGAGCGAUGAAUGGACAAGAAUGUGUUGUAUGAUACGCAUUCAUGGG